AUGAUCUCCGGCCUGCCUUUCGCCAGCGCAUAUUUAGAUAAUCUAAUUAUAUGCAGCAAAACAGCGACAGAACAUAUGGAACAUCUAACUCAACUACUACAAAGAAUCGAGGACUAUGGAUUCGUAUUAAGUCCCGACAAAUGCCAGUUCUUCACAAACCAGGUGAAAUUUCUUGGACAUCUUAUUGAUGAACAUGGACUGCAACCUGACCCAAACAAGAUCAGUUGUAUCAGAGAGAUGCUGCCACCCAAUAAUAUCAAUGAACUUCGAGCAUUUCUUGGUGCCAUUAACUUCUAUGGGAAAUUCGUAUAUAAGAUGCAACAGUUGAGAGGACCACUGGACCAAUUGCUUCGACAAGAUACAAAAUGGAAUUGGUUUCCUCAAUGCCAAAAGGCAUUUGAUCAACUAAAAGAUGUGUUACAAAGUAAAUUAUUGUUAACACACUAUGAUCCAUCUACACCUAUAAUAGUGGCAGCUGACGCAUGUAAUACAGGCAUAGGUGCAGUGAUAUUUCACAAAUACCCCGACGGCAGUCGGAAAGCUAUUUAUCAUGCAUCAAGGACACUCAACGAGACUGAAAGACAUUACAGUCAAAUUGAGAAAGAAGCGUUAGCCCUCAUUUUCGCAGUCACUAAAUUCCACAAAUUAAUCUUCGGGAGAAAAUUUAUUCUGGAGACUGACCACAAAUCUUUAUUACAUAUUUUUGGAAACAAAAAGGGCAUUCCAGUAUACACAGCGAAUCGUUUGCAGAGAUGGUCGUGCACAUUAUUAUUAUACGAUUUCGAGAUCAGAUACAUUUUCACAGAUUCGUUUGGCUAUGCUGAUUUCUUAUCCAGAUUGAUCAACCCCCGAGCGCAACCCAACGAAGAGUCAGUCAUCGCUACGAUCCAUAUGGAGGCAGCUGUGAAACAAAUUCAGCAAGAUUCAAUUAAGGCACUAACAGUGACAUUUGAGGACAUACAACAUGGAACCAAAGAUGAUUCAACACUUCAACGUGACAAAUUACUAAUAGUAAAUAACAGCCUAAUGUUGGGAGAACGCGUAGUAAUACCUCAACAGCUACGUAAUAAGGUACUUCGUCAAAUACAUAAAGGACAUCCAGGAAUGGAAAAAGCCAAAUCGUUGGCAAGAAGUUACGUUUAUUGGCCAAAAAUCGAUAGUGACAUCGAACACACGGUACGAACAUGUAACAAAUGCGCCAUUGCGAAGAAAUCACCGAUCAAAACGUUAUUGCAAUCAUGGCCAAUACCGGAUGCUCCUUGGGAGCGCAUACAUGUAGAUUUUGCAGGGCCUUUCCAUAACAACUAUUUUCUAGUAAUAGUGGACGCCAAAAGCAAAUGGCCCGAAAUAUAUAUGACAAAAACAAUUACAUUAUCACAAACACUCAAACUUAUCAAAGAUGCUUGUUCAAGAUUUGGCAUACCAAAAACUAUUGUAUCAGACAAUGAUACACAGUUUACAAGUCAGCUAUUUCAAGAGUUUUGCGAACUGAACGGCAUACAACAUUUCCGGACAGCACCGUAUAAUCCCCAAUCUAAUGGACAGGCAGAGGUCUUCGUAGAUGUUUUUAAAAGAGGUAUACUAAAAAUCAGCGAAGGAGAGGAGUUAGAAGAAGCGUUAAAUACAUUCCUUACAACGUAUCGCUAUACUCCGAACAAGUAUAUAGACGGGAAAUCACCGGCAGAAAUCAUGAUUGGUAGGAAAUUGAGGACCACUCUAGAUCUACUUAAACCUACCAAACAACCAGGGACUCCACGACGCAAUACCAAACAAGAAUUGCAGUUUAAUAGACAACAUGGAGCAAAAGACAGGAAGUUCAACCGUGGUGAUUUGGUCUACGCCAAACAAUUCACUAACAACACAUGGGAAUGGACACCUGGCGUCAUUACAGAACAGGUCGGUAACGUCAUGUACAAUGUCUUGGACUCAAAUAGGAGACACUCCGAUGAAGAUGGUCGAACGGACUCCAACACAAAACUACCACUAGACUUAUUAAUGGAAGAAUUCCGUGUUGACCACUUGGAUUUGGAUGAUGAUGAUCAAAGUGAGAACUUUGUAACGCCCAGAACCUCGAUAUCAUCCAUAGAAGAUGAAUCUGCACAUGAAGAAAUCUUAGAAGCACGUCCCAGGAGAAUAAGACCACCGGGAUUCCUAAAUGAUUAUGUGCUCUACUAA